CUUCUUCAACCACUGCGAGGUGAAGCCUUAACUUCAGACUUGGAGGUGGGCUGUGCAGUAAACUGGAAUGCUGUCCCUUGCUCGCUCCUCAGUGGAGGCGUGAUCCGAACAGGACCAGCUCAGCCUGCAGCUGCCGUUGGCUUUGUGUGGACUGGACGCCGAGCUGGGCAGAGGGGGAGGGUUAUUACUCCAAUUCCCAGGCAGUGGAAUUACAGCUAGAGCGGCAGAACAUAUGGGAUUGCUUUUUCUCGCCUUCCCGGAGAUGCUCAGACCCAGUGUAUUUCAAGGAAGAGAAACAUAAAGGAAAUCUAGUAUGCUUCCUUUUUUUUUCCCAUGAAGAAUAUUUGAAUUAAGUUUUUUUUACCUCUUGAAAGAAUACCUGUUCUUUCAUAACCUGUGACUGCACCAGCUAUUCUGAGAAAGCAGCAAGAAGCAAAAGCUGGAAAUAGCUAUUUCACAGCAGGGCUCUGAAACUACCUUGUGUAAAGACCUCAACAUUGAUGACCAUGAUCAGCCCAAGCUGGAGCAUCUUCCUCAUCGGGGCUAAAAUUGGGCUGUUCCUCCAGGUGGCACCACUACCAGUUAUGGCUAAAUCCUGUCCAUCUGUGUGCCGCUGUGAUGCCGGUUUCAUUUACUGUAAUGAUCGCUUUCUGACAUCCAUUCCAACAGGAAUACCAGAGGAUGCUACAACUCUCUACCUUCAGAACAACCAAAUAAAUAAUGCUGGGAUUCCUUCAGAUUUGAAAAACUUGCUGAAAGUAGAAAGAAUAUACCUAUAUCACAACAGUUUAGAUGAAUUUCCUACCAACCUACCAAAGUAUGUAAAAGAGUUACAUCUGCAAGAAAAUAAUAUAAGGACUAUCACUUAUGAUUCACUUUCAAAAAUCCCCUAUCUGGAAGAAUUACAUUUAGAUGAUAACUCCGUCUCAGCUGUUAGCAUUGAAGAGGGGGCAUUCCGAGACAGUAACUAUCUCCGGCUGCUUUUCCUGUCCCGUAAUCAUCUUAGCACAAUCCCCUGGGGUUUGCCCAGGACUAUAGAAGAACUCCGCUUGGACGAUAAUCGCAUAUCCACCAUCUCAUCACCAUCUCUUCAAGGUCUCACUAGCCUAAAACGCCUGGUUUUGGAUGGAAACCUGUUGAACCACCACGGUUUAGGUGAUAAAGUCUUCUUCAACCUAGUCAACUUAACGGAACUGUCACUGGUACGGAAUUCCCUGACUGCUGCACCAGUAAACCUCCCAGGCACAAACCUGAGGAAGCUUUAUCUUCAAGAUAACCAUAUCAGUCGGGUGCCCCCAAAUGCUUUUUCUUAUCUAAGGCAGCUGUAUCGACUUGAUAUGUCCAAUAACAACCUAAGUAAUUUACCUCAGGGUAUCUUUGAUGAUUUGGACAACAUAACCCAAUUGAUUCUUCGCAACAAUCCGUGGUAUUGUGGGUGCAAGAUGAAAUGGGUGCGUGACUGGUUACAAUCACUACCUGUGAAGGUCAAUGUGCGUGGACUCAUGUGCCAAGCCCCCGAAAAGGUUCGGGGAAUGGCUAUCAAGGACCUCAAUGUGGAACUGUUUGACUGUAAGGACAGCGCAGUUGUAAGCACCAUUCAGACAAACACUGCAACACCCAACACAGUGCAUCCUGCUCAAGGACAGUGGCCAGCUCCAGUGACCAAACAACCAGACAUGAAGAACCCCAAACUCACUAAGGAUCAGCGAACCACGGGGAAUCCAGCAAGAAAAACAAUUAUCAUUACUGUGAAAGCUGUCACCUCCGACACAAUUCAUAUCUCUUGGAAACUUGUCCUACCUAUGACUGCUUUAAGACUCAGCUGGCUCAAACUGGGUCACAGCCCAGCGUUUGGAUCUAUAACGGAAACAAUUGUAACAGGAGAACGCAGUGAAUACUUGGUCACAGCCCUGGAGCCUGAUUCACCCUAUCGAGUCUGCAUGGUUCCCAUGGAAACCAGUAACCUCUACCUAUUUGAUGAAACUCCUGUUUGUAUUGAGACUGAAACCACACCCCUUCGAAUGUACAACCCUACAACCACCCUUAAUCGAGAGCAAGAGAAAGAACCUUACAAAAACCCCAAUUUACCAUUGGCUGCCAUCAUUGGUGGGGCUGUGGCCCUGGUGACCAUCGCCCUUCUUGCUUUAGUGUGCUGGUAUGUUCAUAGGAAUGGAUCACUCUUCUCAAGGAACUGUGCAUACAGCAAAGGGAAGAGAAGAAAGGAUGACUAUGCAGAAGCUGGCACCAAGAAGGACAACUCCAUCCUGGAAAUCAGGGAGACUUCUUUUCAGAUGUUACCGAUAAGCAAUGAACCCAUCUCAAAGGAGGAAUUUGUAAUACACACCAUAUUUCCUCCUAACGGAAUGAAUCUGUACAAAAACAAUCACAGUGAAAGUAGUAGUAACCGAAGCUACAGAGACAGUGGUAUUCCAGACUCAGAUCACUCACACUCAUGAUGCUGGAGGACUUGCAGCAUACCGUGUUUCAGUUUUUUUAAACCUAAGGGAGGUGAUGGUAGGAACCCUGUUCUACUGUAAAACACUGGAAAAAGAGACUGAGAAAAGCAAUGUACUGUACAUUUGCCAUAUAAUUUAUAUUUAAGAACUUUUUAUUAAAAGUUUCAAAUUUCAGGUUACUGCUGCGAUUGAUGUAGUGGAGAAGCCUGAACACAAUUCUAUAUUUUAGUACUUUUUAGUAAUUUGUACUGUAUUUUCCUUGCAAAUAUUGAAGUUAUAAAUCAUUUACUUUGUGUUCUACUGAGUAAGAUGACUUGUUGACUGUGAAAGUGAAUUUUCUUGCUGUGUUGAACAAUCAGAACUGCGUUCACAUGAGAUCCUUGUAGUAUAAGCACAGGCCAUUUUUCACUUUGGUAUUAAUAAAAUGUAAAAAAAAAAAAAACUGGAUGAAUGAGAAAAAUUAAAUUUCAAAAGGUAGUUAUGAAAUAAUGUUCCAAUUAUUAAAUUUGUAUUCCAGUGGUAUUCAAUAAUCAAAAUAUGUGAAGUAAUGGGCAAUAUCAGACUUGCUGCAAAACUCCAUUUUUACCCUAAGCAAAUUAGAUAUCCUUAAGAAAGUAAACAUAUCUUCUGAACUGAAUCCAUCAGCUGGCAUAAAAGGAGUGUGAAGUCUGCUGUUGUUAAUGCCAUUGUUAACAAAGCUUUGAGAAUAAAGGACUUCACAAAAACAAUAAUGUAAGCGUGCUUCCAGGUUAGGGGGAAAUCUGUACUUAGGAAAACAUGAAAACUUAGACUCGCAUAGCGUAAUGAACACAAAUCUCAGAAUUGCAUUCUGGUUUUGCCUGUACCAUCCUGAUUUUUGAAAAGUCAACUCUAAAGACACAAUUGUUUAUGUUUAUGAUGUUUUUAUCAUAAAGGAUGUCAAAAAAAACCUUACACACAUUAAAAAGGUAGCAUAACCAUAAGCAAUUCCCCUCAGCAAUGAAGAGAAAGUAGUACUUUAAAUGAGAAUUUAAAAGAAAAAUGAAUACUAGAAAUUAAACUUAGAUCUGGUUUAUGUGAAACAUUUUAACACUGUACAUAAACGUUCAAUUUACGUUCACAAUGAUCAAGAAUACUGCCCAUUACUGUCACAGUUUUCCAGAUAUUACAGAAUAAACUUGUAAUGUAACAUUUCUUUCCAGCUUCCUACUGAAUUGUGAGCUAUUACUUGUUUAAAAACCUCAUCACUUUUCUGUUGCCAUGAUUUUUUUUUUCCCAACAAAAAACCAAAGUGCAUUGUACGCCCUUUGGCCAGUCUUGUAUGUGCCUUGAUCCAACGCUACAUGUAUUCAGCUUUUAAAACUCGACAGAUUUUUCAUACUUCCUUAAAUAUGAAAAAUUGUGGUCUUAUUGCUGAAUAAAACAAAAGAAAGGACAAAAUAAUUGUGCUUGCUUUUUCGGGAUUAUGUUACUAUCACUAAAGUAGCAAACUGCCCAGCACAUUAGUCCUAAGUACCCCCCUGUAUUUUUCUAGGCAUAAAAAUAAAUGUUGGCUACAAAU